ACGUAGCAAGAUAUGCCCCGAUACUUUAAGGGAUGCAGUUCGGGAAGUAAAUAAUGGAUGUUCUGUGCGGAAAGCUGCUGAAAAAUACAAAAUUCCAAACUCAACGAUUUUUAAGUACCAAAAAUUAUAUCUGGGCCAGAAUCUCGACCAAAGUCGCUUGGACAGUUCAACGUGGAAGAAAACCUGGUAAAACUAGGAUACUAACUGAUACGCCAGUGAAAAACUCAAUUCAGAUGGAGGAAUUAAAGCGAGAAAUUAAUAAAAGAAAGAACACUGCUAAUAAAAAAGGAAAUAAGGAAGAACUACAUCAGUCAAGUACAAGUAAAAUUAAACCAAAAAAAGCCAUGAAUCCUACCAAAGUUAAGCCUAAAAAUGUGCAAGAAUCACCUAAUAAGAAAGACGUAGCAAUACCUAAUUGUAGUAAGUCUGACCAGGCAUCAGACACAAAAAAAAAUUGUAUCUUAGAGAACACUAAGUUAUCAUACAAGAUGUGAAAAAUAUAGCAAAAAAGCUUUACUUGUGUGCAGUAUUUGUAAGGCAGAAUACCAUGAAAAGUGCGUAUCAAAAGCUCACAAGGACAAUAUAGAUUCUGGUAAUGAAUCUAGUUUCAUUUGUCAAAAGUGUUACGUGCUGAAUGAUGAUUCCGAUGACUGUGUUGAUCGUGGAAACUCAUCCCACUCUGACGAGUUUGCUGAAGAGUUGUAUCAAGAAUAUUGCAAUGCCAAGAAGCAAAAUGUCUAUUAAAAUAUAACCAACGUGUUAUUUAGUAACUUGAUUAUUAUUUUAUUUUGUUAAUUGAGAGUUUAAAAAGAAAAUAUUUUGUUAAAUCUAUAUUGUUGAUUUUAUGUCCUUAGGUACAGUGCCGUCCAUAG